GCGAGUGGUGGCUGGCCGAGGCUGCGGUCCUGGGGCCGAGCAGAGCGCCUGGUAGAGUCGGCGGGCGCUCGACCCUCCAACCGUCCCGCGGUCUCCGGUGAAAUGUUGACGUUUCCCGUCGGUGGGAUGCCACCGCUGGUCCAAGCAAUUUUCAGUGGCGAUCCAGAAGAGAUACGGAUGUUGAUCUACAAAACUGAGGAUGUCAACGCAUUGGACGCUGAGAAACGAACUCCUCUUCAUGUUGCAUCAUUCCUGGGGGAUGCAGACAUCAUCGAGCUGCUCAUUCUAUCAGGUGCUCGAGUUAAUGCCAAGGACAACAUGUGGCUGACUCCUCUCCAUCGAGCAGUUGCUUCAAGAAGUGAAGAAGCAGUGCAAGUACUGAUUAAGCACUCAGCUGAUGUCAAUGCUCGGGACAAGAACUGGCAGACCCCGCUGCACGUGGCAGCUGCCAACAAGGCAGUGAAGUGUGCUGAAGUCAUCAUCCCCAUGCUGAGCAGCGUCAACGUCUCUGACCGGGGUGGACGGACAGCGCUGCACCAUGCAGCUCUCAAUGGCCACAUUGAGAUGGUGAACUUGCUCUUGGCCAAAGGGGCAAACAUCAACGCUUUUGACAAGAAGGACAGAAGAGCUCUUCACUGGGCAGCCUACAUGGGUCACCUGGAAGUUGUUGCCUUACUGAUUAAUCAUGGUGCAGAAGUGACUUGCAGAGACAAGAAGGGUUACACCCCUCUUCAUGCAGCUGCAUCCAAUGGGCAGAUUAACGUUGUGAAACACCUCCUUAACCUGGGGGUAGAGAUAGAUGAGAUGAACAUCUAUGGAAACACUGCACUGCACAUUGCCUGUUACAACGGCCAGGAUUCUGUUGUUAAUGAGCUGAUUGACUACGGUGCUAAUGUAAAUCAGCCCAAUAAUAAUGGAUUCACUCCCCUGCAUUUUGCUGCUGCCUCCACUCACGGAGCGCUGUGUCUUGAACUACUGGUGAAUAAUGGGGCAGAUGUUAAUGUUCAGAGCAAGGAUGGGAAGAGCCCACUGCACAUGACAGCUGUCCACGGGAGGUUCACACGGUCACAGACUCUCAUUCAGAAUGGAGGAGAAAUCGACUGUGUUGAUAAGGAUGGCAACACCCCUCUGCAUGUGGCUGCGAGAUACGGACACGAGCUUUUGAUUAACACCCUCAUAACCAGCGGAGCUGAUACUGCCAAGUGUGGGAUCCACAACAUGUUCCCUCUGCACUUAGCGGCGCUGAAUGCUCACUCAGACUGCUGCAGGAAGUUGUUGUCAUCGGGACAAAAGUAUAGCAUAGUGUCCUUGUUUAGUAAUGAGCCCGUGCUGUCUGCAGGCUUUGACAUAGACACCCCUGACAGCUUUGGAAGAACGUGCCUCCAUGCUGCUGCUGCUGGAGGUAAUGUUGAAUGUAUAAAACUCUUGCAAAGCAGCGGAGCAGAUUUUAAUAAGAAGGACAAAUGUGGGAGGAUACCUUUGCACUAUGCAGCUGCAAACUGUCACUUCCACUGUAUUGAGACCUUGGUGACAACAGGAGCCAAUAUUAAUGAAGCAGAUGACUGGGGGCGCACCCCUUUGCACUAUGCUGCUGCUUCUGACAUGGACCGAAAAAGAAAGAAUAUUUUAGGUAACUCCCAUGAAAACGCUGAAGAACUUGAAAGAGCCAGUGAGAUGAAGGAAAAAGAAGCUGCAUUGUGUCUAGAGUUCCUUCUACAAAAUGAUGCCAAUCCAUCCAUCCAGGAUAAUGAGGGGUACAACACUGUGCAUUAUGCUGCUGCAUAUGGGCACCGGCAGUGUUUGGAACUGAUUGGAAGCAAAACUCCAUUGGAUAUACUUUUGGAAAAAAACAACUUGUUUGAGGAAUCCGAUUCCACAGCCACAAAAAGUCCUUUGCACUUAGCUGCCUAUAAUGGUCACCAUCAAGCCUUGGAGGUACUUCUCCAAUCUCUGGUAGACCUGGAUGUUAAGGACGAGAAAGGACGCACUGCUUUGGACCUGGCUGCAUUCAAAGGGCAUGUGGAAUGCGUGGAAGCUCUCAUCAGCCAAGGUGCUUCUGUCACUGUAAAGGACAACAUCACCAAAAGGACCCCUCUACACGCUUCAGUCAUUAAUGGCCACACACCGUGUUUACGGCUGCUGCUAGAAGUUGCGGACAGCCCUGACGUGACAGACGCCAAAGGACAGACCCCGCUUAUGCUUGCGGUGGCACAUGGGCACAUUGAUGCUGUCUCUUUAUUACUUGAAAAAGAAGCAUCUGUAGAUGCGGCUGACCUCCUGGGAUGCACAGCUCUACAUCGAGGGAUUAUGACUGGGCAUGAAGAGUGCGUUCAGAUGCUGUUAGAGAAAGAAGUCUCUAUUUUGUGUAAGGAUGCCAGAGGCAGAACACCUCUGCACUUUGCAGCAGCUCGGGGUCAUGCCACUUGGCUGAGUGAGUUGCUGCAGAUAGCACUGUCAGAGGAAGACUGCAGUCUGAAAGAUAACCAAGGUUAUACACCACUGCACUGGGCUUGCUACAAUGGUCAUGAAAACUGCAUAGAGGUACUCUUGGAACAAAAACUUUUCCGCACAUUCUAUGGUAAUAGCUUCUCUCCAUUGCACUGUGCUGUAAUCAAUGAUCAUGAAAACUGUGCAUCACUGCUCAUCAGUGCCAUCGAUGCCAGCAUUGUCAAUUGCAAAGAUGACAAAGGAAGGACACCCCUCCAUGCAGCAGCCUUUGCGGACCACGUGGAGUGCCUCCAGCUCCUCCUGAGUCACAGCGCACAGGUGAACACUGCGGAUCACUCAGGGAAAACGCCUCUGAUGAUGGCAGCUCAAAACGGUCACGUAGGUGCUGUAGACUUUUUGGUGAACAUUGCCGAGGCUGACCUGACAUUAAAAGACAAGGAGUUGAACACAUCUUUGCACUUGGCUAGUGGUAAAGGUCAUGAAAAAUGUGCCUUGUUAAUACUUGACAAGAUACAAGAACAGAGCCUUAUUAAUGCAAAAAAUAAUGCAUUGCAGACACCCCUCCAUAUUGCUGCACGAAAUGGCUUAAAGAUGGUGGUUGGAGAGUUGCUAGCCAAAGGCGCAUGCGUCCUGGCAGUAGAUGAAAAUGGUCAUACGCCAGCCCUGGCUUGCGCUCCUAACAAAGACGUGGCUGACUGCCUGGCACUCAUUUUGGCUACCAUGAUGCCUUUUUCUCCUUCCAGUUCAGUGACGGCUUUCAACUUCGUUUGUUUUAAAAAAGACAGUUUGGCCAGGACACAUCUCUGCGAUGGCUCCAGCAUGGGCAGCAUUAACUCUUACAAUAAGCCCUUGAGUAAUGACCUAGGAACAGAGGAUGGGUACAAUGAAAAUGAUUCAGAUUCUGAAACGUUUUGACUAUUUGGUGUUCACAAGCCUUUUGUUUGUCACGGUUUCAUUUGGCUUUAUAUUGUUUCUUUAAACAGCUUAAAUCCCAUGGCUACAUUCUUAACUAUUAUUCUUGACAAGUAGGUAUGGAGGGAAUUACAGUGUUGAUGAGAAUUAAGCCUUUAAAUAACAAAGUCAGAGGGAUUUACUGGAAGGUAUUCACAGAAUCACAGAAUUAACUUGGUUGGAAAAGUCCUUGAAGAUCAUGAGUCCAACCUAUCACCUAAAACCUCCUAAUUAACUAACAUGGCACUAAGUGCCUCCUCCAGUCUCCUUUUAAACACCUCCAGGGAUGGUGCUUCCACCACCUUCCCAGGCAGCCCAUUCCAAUGACAAAUCACUCCUAUUAAUGUUCUGCAGCUUUUCAGCUUCCUGAUGUUUUCUUUAGGCCCUAAGUGCCCCGGUGGAAAGUCUCUACCUCUUAUUUUAAGUAGGAAAAAAAAAAAAGCUUUUUUUUUUUUUUUUUUUUUUGGACAGCACAACUAAACAGGGAACUAUUUGUAAAAAGUGUUUUAGCUGUACCUUUAGUACUCAAAUAUAUUUCCAUUGUAGCCUUCCUAGAUUCAAGCAUCACUCCUGUGUUUGUCUGUUUCCUGCUUCCAGGAGCUCUGUUAAUUACAUCACUGUUGUUGUUGUUGUUGUUGUUGUUGUUACACAGACCAAAGGUAAAGUUAUAAAUCUUAAAGCUGCCUAUAUUACUUUUCUACAGUGAAUGAAACCUGUUACAUACUCUGUGUAUGAAGCACUUAAACGUACAAAAGGCACUUUUUACAGCCCUUAGUUGCAGCAUACGAUUAGAAAUAUAUAGGUGUUGAUUCUCAAGGCCAAAUUCUACUUGUCUCACCGUAGUUUCCCAGGGACAUUAGUGGAACCACUUGUGUAAAACAAAAAUCACAUGGCCCUUAUUUAUUAUUAUUAUUAAUUCAGCACAAACAUGUAUGGUUUAUUUGCACUACAAGAUUAGGGUCAUUAAAUGUUUCUAUCACCUGAGCCAUUAAUCAUAAAUCUUAUACCACAAAAUAAAAUUGGGUGUAGACAGAGGUGUAUGUAAAAGUUUACAACAACUUGCCAACUCAAAUGGAUUUUUUUUCCUUUUCUAUGCUUAAAUAACUUAUUUUUACCAUAAACAGUAUCGAAUUUUAAAAUACUUUUGCCAGUGUUUGGAUUAACAUAACAAAGGUAGAGCAAUGAAAGCCUAACACCCAAAGCUGAAACACCAAACACCAGAAAACCAGGCUGUGUACCAUGCAGGGGAUUGGAGGUCUGUUGUCACCAGCUUUUACAGCAGUGUCAGCUUUGUGAAUAUGUUUACUCCUUCUGCCAAAGUUUCUAGGUCAAAUGGACCACGACCCUCCUCUGCAACAGAUGUACAAAAGGAAGAAUGAGACUCUGUAAACAAAAAAAACAAACAAAUAAGCAAACAACAAAAAAAAGCUCUCAUGAAUUAACCAGCUGUACCAAGAGGACCAAAAUGCUUCAGUAAUUAAAUGGAAGACUUUGCUACUUGUAUUUUUUUCUUCAAAUGUGAGUGACAUAACAAAGUAGUUUUUUUCUAAACCAUAAAAACCUUUGAGGUAAUGAGUAGUCUUGAAUGACUUUUAUGUUUUCUGACGCAGGUUUCAAGUUGACAUUUGUAACUGAUGAUGUGCUGACCACAGGUUCUGGGCUUGUUUUUUUAUCCAGACUAAAGAAUAUGUUCUUAUAAUUUUAAUGUAAAUGUGUUGAUAUUUAUUUGAAAUGAAACAAAUACCCAGGAAAAAAUAACUAUGGCUUGUUCUCCUAGUUAGCAUUUGUGCAUACUGUUUGGCAUGGUGUGAAACGAAAUGUGAAUCUAGGCAGGACUGAUGGCCUGAGUAGAAAAAGGGAAGGUCAGGGAGGGUGCCUGUCUUGGUGUGUGGAAUGUGAAGAUUAAUUCUGGUGAAAAGCAGAAAGCAAACCACCUUCCCUCUUUUUAAAAGCAUAAGAAAGCGACCCAAGCCUUUGGUAGGCAAAUGAGAGAAGACUCUACAGUGAAGAGGGGAAGAAGUAGCGUAGCACGGAGUCGAGGUGUUGAAAUUCCAGUGAGUCAGGCUCAAGCUGCCUGCAAGCCUACAUCUGUGCUGGGAGUAGGAAAAGAGCUUCCUCAGUGCAUACUUUCAGCAGGGUAAAUGAGUGGUUUAGCUGCAGCUUUUAGCCAUGUUCCACUGAAGUGAUUAAAAAAAAAUCUAUUGGCAGACUCCAGUUCUUUCCUUAGGGAAAAAUAUGUAUAUGUUAAGUUGAUUUUGCCUUGCUCAAAUUAAAUACUGUUUCCUUGAACAUUGGGUAGAAUUUAAUAUUGUUUGAUUGAACAUCAAGUAAAAUUAAAUAUAGUUUCCUUGAACGUUGGGUAAAAUUAAAUAUUGUUUCCUUGAACAUGAGCAAAUUCCCAGAGUUUACAACAACCAACCACAAAGGAUAGUGCCUUUAAAGGUAAACACUUCUUUUCCCUCAGCUCUCUGUUUUCUGGGGUGAAGUGACAGAACACCUGACACUCUGGUUUUCUCAUCAGAAACAGCACCAAAAACCAUCUUUACAAUUGAUUUUUCUUUGCUUUUAAAAGUUGCAGAAUAGCAAUAACCACCUCAAAGCACAAGAGAUCAGCUGUUAACGUUUUCAGUGGUGUCUACUCAGAAAUGAAUAAAAAUCCCAAAUUUAAUUUAUUUUUUAAUGUGGAAUGAUGGCAUUGAAAAUAAAUACAUGGGAAGUGGCUGCCAUCUGUCAGCAUCAACCUUUUAAUCUUAACCAGAGAUGUAGGAGAUUAGUUAGGUCUUGCCCUGAAAUACAGAAAGUCAGGCUGUCCUACAUGAAGGUGCUUUGUUGGGAAAAAAAAACAGUCCUGAUUUAAGCAGGUGUUUAAAAAAUUUCAGUAUUUUUCACUUGCUGCCAAACAGAGUCAGUGAAAAUAUUUCUGUGUGACUUACGACACCUCAUAACUGAUAAUUGCGUAGCACAACUGCUGCCUCUUAAUGAUGUAUAUAUAACAUUACAGAAGCAUAUGGGAUUACUGAAUUACUUUGAACCUUCUAGGAACCAAACCUAAACUUCCCUGUGUAAAUUAGCAAUAUCCCAGAACUCAUGGAAGCAGUUGAUUUGUUAUCAUCUUUAAGGGCAUUGUUCUGAGUAUGCUGUAUUUAGGAGGAAAACUCCCAUGAGCAAGGCACUUGGAAGGACUCAGCCUGUCCCCCAUCUCAUGUGAGUUAUAAGAAUUUUCCCCUUUUUAUCUUUUUUGUGUAGGCUAAUACAUUAAUCUGUAGUAUGUAGUUUAUCACAUGUAAUUUAGGGCAGGUAUUUGAGCAUAGGAAUAAUUUUACUCUUGUAAAUAAAUCACCUUGCCUUUCUGUGGACUUUGUACAAGAGUAGAGUUAAUCAUACAGAAUUGUUGCACUUAACCCUGGAUCCUGCAGUUUACGGUUAGCGGACAACUUCCAUAUCCACACCGAGCAAAGGGUAUUUGGGGAGGGUGUACCAGCAGGAUGCCAGGAUCCUUUUGUCCCAUAUUCUAGGGGGAAUCCAUAGAGGGGUGGGGUCCCAAGUCUCUCUCAUAAAUACCGAGUUGCAACCUCUGGACUGCCUGAAAUUGCUGUGAAAUAGCUCAGGGGAUUUCUGUUCAUCACUACUAAAAGGGCACCAUAAUGUAUUUGGUACUUACACGCAGUGAGUAGCUGCCUGAUGAUUGAGUUAGAGCAAACGUAUGAAUUGUUUAUCCAUUGUACUGUUGAGAAACUUGGUUCUGUAUCUUGAGGAUGGUUUGAAAACAAAAAAGUUGUGAGUUUUAUUCUUAGUCAUGUAAGGAAUAUUAGAGUGCCUUUUUAUAUUUGUGUAUGACGGAAAUGUUUUGUGAAACUUGUCUUUUUUCUUCUUCCCCCCAUUUGAGUGUUAUAAAAGCAAUAUAUUACCAGUAAAUUUUCAUUUCAGACCUUCUUUGAAUGUAUAAAGUGUUUCUUCUUUUCAUGUUUUACCUGCAUUGAAAUGAAAAUGAAUAUGCUAAAUUUCUAUGAGAAUAAUGUCUAAUUUUUGCAGUGUUGAAAAUGCUUUCUUAUCACACACACAAAAAAGGCAAACCUUAGGUCAGUGUUACAGGAAAGGAAGUUUUACAACUAGUGACAAUCCAAGUGUGUGUAUAAAAUGUAAUUUUAUGCGUUUCUUAUGCAGUGAUCUACAUAUUAAAGCAAAUAUCUGAAGUUUUGUAGGUUUUUGUCUAAUAUUUUAUGCUUUAGCAUGUGCAAUAUACCUUUACAAACCAUGGUGAUACGGAUCUGGUGCCAGUGUUCUAUUUUGCAUAACAUUUGUAAUAAACAAAUAUAAAAUAUUGUUUGAUGGUUUCAGUGGGGUUUUGGCAGUAUUGUUUGCUUCUGUAAACCGAAGAUUUAAAGACUUGGCUAAAUGUCACACGUGAAAUAACGGGGCUGGGGGGGGGGAACGGACCGGGACGGACACUGAAUUCGGUGAAUGACCUGGGAGUUCAACCCCAGCCUCCUCAAGCACAGUUAAGUAACUAUUUCAACUACUGAAUGCUGUAUUGUCAUGGAGAACCCUAACUGUAAACUACUCUUGCAAUGCAUUCAGAUGGUUAUUUUUACAAAUAAAAAUGGUACAAAUACUGUUGGAA